AUGUCAACUUUUUCACCACCUCAACCUAAACAUUUACUUCCUCUCACUCCGACAUAUUUCCCACUUUCACCAACUCCAAUCUUACCUACACCUCCUUAUUCCCCAUUCAUUUGGUCAUCCGAUCUACCAAAACCUCCUUCUCCAACACCCAUAAAUAUGUCUACUUCGAAAAUUCAAACUCCUACAUUUGCCCGAGAUUCGGACGUAAUUCCAAACCCCGUUCUUACGGACGUUAGAAAAUCGAAUUCAGCUCAACCGACCCCGUUGCCCAAACUACAUUCUCAAUCAUUUACGGCCGCGAAAUUCAUCUCAGCACCUGCUAGUCUUAUCACCUUCCAACCGGAUUCAAAUCUUAUCCCAGGAUAUAUAAACGAUCCAACCAUCUCCCCUGUUAUCACUUCCAACAUGUUAGAAGCGAUCUUACCUAAUCUCAAAGAUGACGAUCAGAAUACAUUAGGUAUAAAUGGUAUGAAUGGUAUGAAUGGUGUGAAUGGUAUGGUUGAAGGAGGAAGAGGUGGAGGAAAUAAUCAAUUGAAUGGUUUAUUAGAAGAUUUAGAAGAAGGUAAAAUUUUAUCUUCAGAAUUCCAACAACAACAACAACCUAACCAACCUAUUUCUAGAGGUGGAUCUUUAAGAAGACCAAGAAUACCUAAAAAACAUUCAGCUUCACCAGGUAGAAGACAAGAUGUUCAAUUGAAAUUAGAAAUUAAACAACAAAUCGGAGCUUGGAAUUACGUUCCUCUAUGUAGAACAUUACCACCUCCACCACCUAGUAGUCCUGAACCUCAUAUCGGUCGACCAGAAGGAAUGUUAUGUCCUGAUUCGAUUUUCCCAAAACAAGAUCAAAUUUCUUCCAUACCUUUUCAACAAGAUUUAAAUCAUCAACAAUUUGUUCAUGUUCAAAAUCGUCAGUCUAUCGUUCAACCUGAUCAAUCUCUUGUUGAAAAUAAUCAUUCCUCCGUUCAACUCCAUCAUUCAUUUGUACAAAACAAUCACAAUCAUCACAUUUCUCAACAAUUACCUGAAUUUUCAAAUAUGCACAUAUCCCCUAUACCCGAACAACUUCUGAAAUCCACUUCUACCCUUCCUGACUCAACAUACCCGAUCCCAAGGAAUAUAGGAUGGGACGAUCUUGCCAACGCUCACACUCAUCAAUCACCAAAAGGACAAACUAAAUCACUCGGAGAUUAUUUCUCAAAGUUGCCAGGGAGAGAUACUUGGGUUGAGGAUGUUUCUGGGGAAGGGAUGGAAGUUGAUUUCGAGUGA